UCAGCUAUAGGAGGUCAGGGAGAGGCUAAGUUCCUCCUGGGAAUGAAAUUCAUUCCCUAAAAGGAAGAUCACUUUCCCCUGCUAAUGAAGCAUCAUUUAGGGCUCUAAGUGAGCUUUGGUCAGAAGCUGCUUUGAAGACGUCCAGCAGGGCCCAUGACCACCCUUUCUCCUGAAAACAGUCUCUCUGCAAGGUGGUCGGCCUCCUUCAUCCUGGCGAAGAGAAAACCACCCAUUGACAAGACAGAAUGGGAUGGCUUCUUCGAUGAGAACGGUCUAUUGGCCAAGUCACGAGACCUCAUUUGUGUGAACAUCCUGGAGCGGGGUCUGCAUCCCUUCGUGAGGACAGAAGCCUGGAAGUUCCUCACGGGCUACUACUCAUGGCAGAGCUCCCAGGAUGAGCGGCUCACCGUGGACAGUACAAGGAGGAAGAACUAUGAGGCCUUAUGCGAGAUGUAUAAAAAUCAGCCCCUUCUGGAAAACCUGCACCGGGACUUUAUGGAGACUCGGAAUUCCAUCGCGUAUGACAUUCAACUCUACGACAAAGACCACCUAGGCAACGUCAUUAUCGACAAGAAGAGACUGGAGAUCUUGCUCCUGAGUUAUGUCUGCAAUAACCCAGGCAGUACCAGCAGGGGCUUCCAUGAGAUGGUGAUGCUUUUCCAGCUGAUGGCAGAACACGACCAUGAGACCUUCUGGCUUUUCCAGUUCUUCCUGCAGAAAAUGGAGCACAGCUGUGUUAUCAAGAUCGGAGUUGGCAAGAACCUGGAUAUGCUCAAUACUCUGAUCAACUUCUUGGACCCCGUGUUUGCGGAGCACCUAAGAGGGAAAGGGCGGGGGCCGUGCAGUCCCUCUUCCCUGGUCUGCCUCUGCUUCCAGCGGGCCUUCAAGUCCUUCGACGAUGUCUGGAGGCUCUGGAGGUGAGUUCUGCUGACAGGGAAACCCUGCAGAAACUUCCAGGUGCUGGUGGCCUACAGCAUGCUGCAGAUGGUGCGCGAGCAGGUGUUGCAGGAGAGCCUGACCAGUGACGGCAUUCUCCUGGCCUGCAACAGCCUCAUUGACCUUGACGCUGACGUGCUCAUCUCUGCUGCCUGCUUGGUGUAUGCUGAGCUCAUCCAGAAAGAUGUUCCUCAGUCACUGAAGGACUUCUUUCUCUGAGGACUCUCGCCAUGGACAGAUGCCCUCGACAGACAGGAUGGAGGUGGUGCUUCAGCCGUGAGAUCUGACGGGCGUUAGGGUGAGGAGUAGCUAAUACAGCUACACAGGA